GCCAGCGCUACGAGCGCAUUGCAGCCGUGAGCUAAGUUAUGGUCCGGCCUAGAGUGCCUGAGCUUGCUUUCGAGCUGUAGAAAUUAAACGAAACUUGCAAUAUGGAAUUUAAGAAUGCCAUAUUCAACGCUGCUAAAGAUGGCAAGCUUAAGCGCCUCAAGGUGUUUUUGGACCAUAGAACGAAGGAGCAAAUCCAAAUGCUGGUUUCCGCAACAACUAAUGGAGCGACACCGCUAGUGAUGGCAUCUCGAAAUGGCCAUCUAGAUGUGGCCGACUACCUUCUUGACAGAUGCGAAGCUGACAUUGAACAGGUUGGCUCGGUUAGCUUCGAAGGGGAGACUAUCGAGGGUGCUCCACCUCUGUGGUGUGCAGCGGCAGCGGGCCACCUCAGUGUAGUACAGAGGCUGGUGGAACGGGGUGCUCGCGUGAAUGCCACAACACGGACCAAUUCUACGCCGCUGCGAGCCGCAUGCUUUGACGGCCACCUUGCUAUAGUGCGGUAUCUUGUGGAGCGUGGCGCUGACUUGGAAAUUGCCAAUCGCCAUGGGCACACCUGUCUCAUGAUCGCCUGCUACAAGGGGCACCUGGAUAUUGCCAGUUACCUCGUUGCUCAAGGCGCCCACGUCAACCGCAAGAGCGCCAAAGGAAACACUGCUCUGCAUGACUGCGCUGAAUCUGGGAGCCUGGACAUUCUUCGGUUGUUGCUGGAACACGGAGCCCGGGCUGAGCGAGAUGCAUACGGCCUCACACCACUUCUGGCUGCGGCAGUCACAGGCCAUGCCCCUGUGGUUGAGUUUCUUUCUUCGCUGCCCAACUGCCCACGGGAGCAGCGCGUUGAGGCUUUGGAGCUACUGGGGGCCACUUUUGUGGACAAGAAACGUGACUCACCUCGUGCCCUGGCUCUCUGGCGCAGGGCCCUGGAGGAACGCUGCCUUGAGCCCCCUUUGCCCAAGCCCUACAGGAAAAGUACUGCUGCUUAUGGCCAUGCGAUUGAAGCCAACUCCCCAGCUGACCUGGACGAUCUUCUCUGCGAGCCUGACCAAAUGCGCAUGCAGGCACUUCUUGUGAGAGAGCGUGUAUUGGGUCCUGCACAUCCCGACACGGCAUACUACAUUCGCUACCGUGGCGCUGUCUACGCGGAUCUCGGUGACUUCAACCGCUGUGUGGCUCUAUGGCUCUAUGCACUGGACAUGCAGCAGCGCUGCCUUGAACCGUUCAGCCCCAUGACUCAAAGUAGCCUGCUGUCCUUUGCAGAGCUUUUCUGCUUCAUGAUGGCUGAGGCCAGGCCUACAAGGCCAUCGCGACGCCAGCUUGCCCCUGUUGAGUUCGCAGAUGUACUUGCAGUCUUUGAGCGUGCCGUGACAGAGCUGGUGUCAGCCGGGCGCCGCAUGCCAGAACCAGCAGAGGGCGUCCAGCGCACAUUGGCAAUUGUACUGCAGCUAGCAGCUCUCCUGUGCCGGCUGCAGUCUCAGAGCAGCCUGGAGGAAGACACUUUCCGGCGUGCUGCGUACCGGCUGGUGCACUUAGAUCUGCGAGGCCCACGUGGCGAGACAUGCUUGCAUUUGGCGUGUGGUCAUGCACCGCCAGCUAGUCGCCAGGCCUUGGGCGCAGUGUGCCAGGAGGCUUUCCCAGCGCCUCCUCUUGUGCGUCUGCUGCUCGAACUUGGAGCCAACCCCAAUGCCACCGACCACGACCGGCGUACACCCUUGCAUGUUGCAGCACGCAACAAACCAUUCUCACGAGCCUCCGCCCUUGCACUGCUGGCCCGUGGCGCUCACCUCGACCACACCGACGCUGCCGGUUGCACUCCCCUGGACUAUGCGCCCAUGCUGGUGGAUUGUAGUCCUCUACGUUACACCGGCCUGCAGUGUCUGUGUGCGCGGGCUAUUGUGCGCUUUCAGCUGCCCUUCCAAGGACUGGUGCCGCACCAGCUGGAGAGCUUUAUCCAGAGCCACUGAACAAUGUGGCAGGGCAUGUGUGAUGCCAUCCCCCUUCUCGCGUCUGUUCUUCAGAAGUCACCUUUUUUUCCCCCAGCCUAUCCUAGGUUCAUAGAAAUGCGUUGGAGACUGCCAGGGUCUUGUGUGGCUGUUGUACUGCGGAGGUCAAAUGUCAGGCUCCUUAUUGAGGCGAGAAAGAUGUUCUGAAGGCAGUUCUUGGCAAUGCUGUGGGACUUUUUUUUAGUUUUUGUGCAUGUGCUUGGCUAGUUGUCUUCUGAGCUUGUAAGACUAACUUUGAAAGGCAGAGUAAGGAGGCUCUCAGUUGCUCCCAUUCCACUGUUAAAAAGCCUGUAACCAGUAGCAUUUCUGAGAGCUCUGCAUGCCAUAGUGAAGAGGUGAGAAGCUGCCUAGCUAGCUAGCCUGGCACAUGUGGCCAAUGAGAGGGCAUAUCACAAAUUCCUGACAUUGUGAUAACCAGGAUCUCUUUGAUAAUAAGGAAAUAAAGACUUUUCCUCAUGACAAUCUGGGGAUUCAAAAUGACUAUUUACCCGAGUGUGCAAGAUUUUCUGGUGGUAAGAAAAAUGCCGACGGAUUGUUAAAAUCUUUUAGGUUUUUCUCUAGCGCAUGAAAUGCCAGUGUCCAACAAAAGGUGAUCCUACUGGUCUUCAAGUGGCAAGACGCGUAGUUGUAGUCAUGGUUGAGUGAUGAAUCGCAGUAGCAAAUGGCAUUGAAUAGAACAUUGAAGGAAAGUUUUUUAAAUGGAUGGUAAUAUUCACGGCGGAAGUUUCUCAUUCCUUCUAUGUUUGUGUGUUCACUACAGCUGCAUUUUUUUGUUAUCGAUCACCUAGUUAUUUGCAUACAACAUAAGCAUUUACGAAGAUUCCUUGCUAGUAGAAUUUGGUGCAGUUGGUCAACCCUAGAUAUAAAAUGCAAUGUUUGUUGAAAUGUACAAGCGCUAAUGACACAUAGCAUAAUGGCAUUUGUAUGCUGGUAAAGUUACAGGUCAGCAGGGCAUGCGAAACGCUGGCUGCGGCAGACUACCUGUGCAUUCGCUUCUUGAACACAUUAACACAUUGCAGAAACAAAUUGCACGUUGCACAAUUCUAAAUCAGCCUAGCUGGGAAAUGUUGCAUCAAUCCAAGGGGCCAUAUUAAUAUCGCUUUUGCACAUUGUGCUGCUUGGCUGCUUCUCUCUGUUGCAGUCCUCCGGUCAUUGCAAACAGCUGUGCCUUUCUGCAUGCUUACAUUUGAAAUUUUCCUUAGGGUGCCGUGAAGUUGGAUUUGCAAAACUUUAAAUUGUGGGAUGAUAUUGGCAAGGCUCAUCUCAUUUGUGCAGAUAUGGCUUUUUGAAAACACAAAAGUUAGAAGUGAAAUUUAAAAUAGUGUUGCUGCUUGUUGUGCACUGUUAUAAAAGAUAGUGUUUGUGUUCCUUCAAGGUGUGAAUCGGAGUAAACGUUGCAUCAUUUCUGGCUUUCCUGUACAGUGCUUAGCAGUCCGAAUGCAACAAUUGACCCACAUGGCUGCUGGCACUUUUCGUGCCACCUGGGAGCACUUGGUGAUCGUUGAAUGGCCAAAUUCAGUCACUGUACAUCAGAUGUACCCUCACUUUGUAUAUCUUAGCACAUCAGUUUGGAGAACUCUGCACCUAAUGGGAAUGUUAAUUUUUCAAAGUUGAAUUGCUGAGCACUGUACACAGCAUUUAUUUGGGCUUACUUAGAAGAAAAACAAAUGUGGCCCAGUUGGUUCAAGUGGGCCUCUGUGCAGCUUGUUCUUUUAGUUUGGUGGUGAAUGCUUGAAGUGAAGAAUAGCUCUUAUCAUCUGUUGCAUGCUAGAGUUGCCUGAAACUUGCAUGCUUCUUUUUGCUCCAAUUUAAAUUUUGCCAAGUCCUCUUACUAUGAUGUAAAGCGAAACGAUUUGGAAUCGAAGCACCAGCAUAUAAUUAAUGCAACUCUCGUGGGAGGGCAGCAUUGCUUUUAAAGACUACGGUUCUAUCUCUUCGAGGUGUGGAUGUAAGCAUCGUGUAUGGCAAAAGCUGCCUCAUCUUAUGGGACUUUCACGGCUAACUCAGGAUGUUCAACGAUAAAACAUGACUGCUGCUAGACAGACAUUGUGACCAAGGAGCUGACGUAGCAUUUUUCAAUAUUUGGUGUUUGUGCGUUCAUUUGUGGAAGUGCCCCGUGUUAUCAGAUUAUUACAUUGAUGCCUCUGAUAUAUGAAAAAGACAUUUUGGUGCUUUCUGGUCCUGAACUCACUUACCUAACUUGUUGGAGGCUUUAGUGAGGUCAUGCUGUUGCACGAUUCAUCAGCCCCACAAACUUCUAAGCUGUUGAUACAUGAAACCUCCUCAGUGAUUUGCUAUUUGACUGUGUGGUUUAACAUUGAACGUGUGGAACUAUCAGUUUUUUUUAAUACAUACUUGCGUAAAGGUGUAUUUCAAAAUUUUUUCAAAAAAAUUCCCUUGCCAUUAUUAUUGCAAAGUUUUGUUGGUCUUUAAGUGGUGCAGCAUGAUGUAAUUUAUUGUAAGUCUUUAGUGCAUUAUUUUGACCGUAACAAAACCAUAACUGAAGCUGUAGAGAAAGAAAACAUCCUGCUGUAUUGCAGUAUGUUUUUUCAGUUGUUGCAACACAGAUGCGGUUUGAACUGCACUAGGCAAACACUCACAUCUUUGUUUCUAUUGGUUGCUUGAACUUCUGCGUGUUUCAGAGUUGCUGGUUAUCCAUGUCAUUGCUUAUGUUACAUGAAAUGAUUGAAUAUUGUAUUCUGAUCUGUGAUGUGUCAUUAGUGUAGCUAUCAUUGCUACACUGUAAAUUUCAUGCUCAUGUUUCUAUCUAUUUUUAAGGCUAACCAGUGCAAAAAGACUAUGCAGAAACCUGUGCAUGAUUUUGGCUUCAAAUUUUAAAAAAUUAAAAUUCUUCUGAAAAGAAUGCGAAAUUCCUCCAAUAUUUCUUUUGUCAUAAUAGAGGAGACAUUAUUAUCCAGGAAGUGUAUUAGAUUAGUACUCUAUUAUGUUUAAAAUAUUGGAAUAGCAACUUGUCUAGGGCAAAUUAUUUAUAGAACGAAGCAUGAUAGUUGCAGAUCUGCUCGUCCGAAGCCUUCGCGAUAAAGAAGCAUGUACCAUUAAACAGUACGAGAAUGUCCUGAAAACCUGUAAUGGCUAAGGAUACUAACUUGGUGCUCCGUUACUUCAUGAGUCAGACAAGCCACAUUAACGAAUAUUGCUCAUCAUUAAAAAGUACACUCAAAAUUUUCUUGUAACUUGAACGAGUAGGAUUAUUUUUAAAUUAAUACAGUAGACAUCCGACAAACCUCACUGCACAACUAACAACUGACUAGACUCACAUGUCAACCUGCGCAACUAAAAUGUGAGCUUAAUUUGGCAAGCAAUCUUGUGUCUGAUUGCCCAUGUUUUCACACAGCUGCCUCACUUCAUCGCACUGCUCAGACUAGUUAUGAGGUUUGUGAAGACAGCUCAGAAAAAAACAUGGACAAGAGAGGCGACAUGGACAAGCACUAGUCCAUGCUUCCUCCCUUUUGUCCAUUCGCGUUUUUUCCUGCAUUGUUGAAAAUUUUCUUAGUAACGUAGCUUUCUGGGCUAGUUGGUUCAUAGUAAUAGGAAGAAAAAACCAGCAAGAAACCACACGAAGACAGGGAAGAACAACCACACAGAAGGCGACAUGGACAAGCGCUUGUCCAUGUCGCCUUCUGUGUGGUUGUUCUGCUUCGCUGUCCUCGUGUGGCUUUUUGCUGAUUCUUUUUCCUAUCAAAUCAUUCUUGACGAUGAAUCACCAGCUUGCCCAAACACUGACGUGAGAUUUGACUGUAAACUGCUGUUUCCUUUGUUUUAAAAACAAAUCUACUUAGUUUGUCUUCUGGUCUGUACAUAAGACACCGACCAUUAGACUGAAGCGCACAAACAACUUUCAUCAGUGAAAUAUUGGGAAGCUGUAAUGUACUGUGUGGUGCGUUAUCUUUAGUUAUUUACCAAUUUACUGUCUUCUGCUAACACCGCACAUCAGUGCUAUUUCUUGCUUGAGCCAUUAAAGGUGCUGACUCUGUCGCAUCUUGUAUUGUACCUGUUGCAAGCCGAGACAUGUCUGCAUGGUGGUGUGGCUUGUGCACACACAGCGGCCAAAGGCUCAGGAGCUCCACAACCACCGUGCCCAGAUGUUUCUUUACGUCCUACUGCAAGCUCCUAUUGUAACAAAGAUUUUAAAGUGCCAUUAUGUCUUCGCUUGCUUGUCUUCCUCACUUGUUUCUCGGAAAGGAUCGAAAUCCCUGUAGUCUCUUUAGUUAGAGUAGCACAAUACGACGAAAGCUUUCAUUCUACUUCUAAAAAAAUUGUUAUAUAGGCUUAUAAUUAUGACAGCAUAGAAAGAUUGCAAAUUCAAUUUAGUGCUAGCUUUUUAUGCAAGCUGCUGUAGGCGAUUGUAUGCUGGGAACAGUGGAGAGCUAUGUUUGAUUUAAUUUGAAGUGAAUACAUCUACAUUGUUUUGAUUGUAAAUAUGCAGUAGAAUCAUUUUAGACUUGCUCCUUUCACGACUGUGACGUUGAUCGUUUUCCUGUGUGUGGUCGUCGAAGAAAAAUAAAGAGUAGGAGCACUA